AUGACUUAUGUGGUCAAGCAUUUGAACAAUCACAUCCAGCAACCUAACCCCAACAUCUGUCCUGAUCCAAACCCCAGCAUCUGUCCUGAUCCAAACCCCAGCAUCUGUCCUGACCCUAACCCCAACAUUUGUCCUGAUCCUAACCACAACUUCUGUCCUGAUCCUAACCACAACUUCUGUCCUGACCCCAACCCCAACAUCUGUCCUGAUCCAAACCCCAGCAUCUGUCCUGAUCCGAACCCCAACUUCUGUCCUGUUCCUAACCACAUCUGUCCUGACCCCAACAUCUGUCCUGAUCCUAACCACAACAUCUGUCCUGAUCCUAACCACAACAUCUGUCCUGAUCCUAACCACAACAUCUGUCCUGAUCCUAACCACAUCUGUCCUGACCCCAAUCCCAACAUCUGUCCUGAUCCUAACCACAUCUGUCCUGAUCCUAACCACAACAUCUGUCCUGACCCAAACCCCAACAUCUGUCCUGACCCAAACCACAACUUCUGUCCUGAGCCCAACCCCAACAUCUGUCCUGAUCCUAACCACAUCUGUCCUGACCCCAACCCCAACAUCUGUCCUGACCCUAACCCCAACAUCUGUCCUGAUCCUAACCACAACUUCUGUCCUGAUCCUAAUCCCAACGUCUGUCCUGAUCCUAACCGAAGCAUCUGUCCUGAUCCUAACGUUUGUCCUGAUCCUAACCCCAACAUCUGUCCUGAUCCUAACCCCCACAGCUGUCCUGAUCCUGAUCGUAACGUUUGUCCUGAUCCUAACCCCAACAUCUGUCCUGAUACUAACCCCAACAUCUGUCCUGACCCAAACCCCAACAUCUGUCCUGAUCCUAACCCCAACGUCUGUCCUGAUCCUAACCCCAACAUCUGUCCUGACCCAAACCCCAACAUCUGUCCUGAUCCUAACCACAACUUCUGUCCUGAGCCCAACCCCAACAUCUGUCCUGAUCCUAACCACAUCUGUCCUGACCCCAACCCCAACAUCUGUCCUGACCCAAACCCCAACAUCUGUCCUGAUCCUAACCACAACUUCUGUCCUGAGCCCAACCCCAACAUCUGUCCUGAUCCUAACCCCAACGUCUGUCCUGAUCCUAACCCCAACAUCUGUCCUGACCCAAACCCCAACAUCUGUCCUGAUCCUAACCACAACUUCUGUCCUGAGCCCAACCCCAACGUCUGUCCUGAUCCUAACCGAAGCAUCUGUCCUGAUCCUAACGUUUGUCCUGAUCCUAACCCCAACAUCUGUCCUGAUCCUAACCCCCACAGCUGUCCUGAUCCUGAUCGUAACGUUUGUCCUGAUCCUAACCCCAACAUCUGUCCUGAUACUAACCCCAACAUCUGUCCUGAUACUAACCCCAACAUCUGUCCUGACCCAAACCCCAACAUCUGUCCUGAUCCUAACCCCAACGUCUGUCCUGAUCCUAAACCCAACAUCUGUCCUGAACCUAACCCCAACCCAAACCCCAUUUCUGACACCAACCCUAACCACAGCCCUAGACGUUUCUGUGGAGUCAUUCUUCAGCCAACCCCCAAUCAGGGUAUGGGAAGUCCUGGACCAGAAAAGUGCAGUGGGAGCGACUUGAUAAAUUGCGACUGA